AUGAAUUUACAAAAUAUACAAGUGAGGAACAAAAUCAGAUAUCAAAUUUACUUAAAUUAUUGUAAAGUAAUACAAGAAAGUGCUGCUGGAUUAUUAUUUUGAGUAGCAAAUAUAGAAUCCCUGGUCCAAAUAGCUUUAAAAUAUUGUCAAGCUUUUAUAAUAUAUUUCUAUUGCUUACAGCAAAAAACAGAAAGGACAAGGAUACACAGUGGCAGUGUUAGCUAUAAAAGCUGAAGACAUCAUCAGCACUGGCAAUCUUAUCAAUCUAGGGCUAAGGUAAGAUGCUAUUUUUAG